UUCAGAAAGGCAACGUGGAGCUCAUAAAUGAAUCAACUACAGCCGCUGUUGCUCCAAGCCGAGCGCGCGAGAGUGAGGAGGAAGAGCGCGAGGGACCCUUGGCGUUGUGAAAGGUGUUCAGCUGGGGGGGACGCAACAAUGGAAGAGCAUCAGCACGGCAGCUCUCCAUAACGUCGCGAGGGGCUUUAGCUCGACUUUUGGAGGUUUAAGAGAGGGGCACCCAGCGCGAGCCGUGGCACUGAUGAACUGGCCUGAGGAGGAGAAAGAGGAGAGUGGACACUGAGAGUGGACUCGAGUUCUGCUGCUGAUAAACGACCACCGCAAAAGGAGUUUUGGAGAGGUGGAAGAGGAGCACCGUGGACGCACGCGCGCGCGCUCGUGCCCCUUUGCUCCUUCCUCGCGCGUUGUUUGGAGGAGGGAGAGCCGAAUAAAAAAAAAAAAAAAAAAGACAGAGAGACAGACAGAAAAAUAGAGCGAUGAAAGUUUGGGCUGUGCUGCCGUGCCUGGCCGUGCUGGCGGUGUGCGUGUGCGCGCGGCACGGCCGGGUGAGCAGGGAGCUGGCCCACGCGCGCCAGGCCGCCGUGGCCGCCGCGCUCAGCUCGCAGCCCGGAGCCUGCGGCACGCGCCUGCCUCGCGGGAAGCGCUCCGCGCAUGGACCCGAGAGGCGCGCGCCGGGGGGACCGGGCAGGAGGAGAGGCGGAGAGCUCGGGCAGGAGGAGCGCGAGAGGAGCCGCGCGGUCAGGUUCGGGGGCCGGGGGGACCAGCUGCGCCUGCGGCCAGCGGUGGACGUGCCGAGGGGCAACUUCACCCUCAGCAUGUGGGUAAAGCCUGAGGGGGGGCAACGGCCACGCGCAGUAAUCUCAGGCCUCUUCGAUAAGUGCUUCUAUGCCUCAAGUGAUCGCGGCUGGAUAUUGGGCAUAAAGUCAGUAAGCGACCAUGGCAACCGGGACCCACGCUUCUUCUUCUCCCUCAAGACUGACCGAGCACAUAAGGUGACCUCCAUCCACUCCAACGCCCGUUACCUGCCUGGCCAUUGGGCCCACGUGGCAAUCACGUAUGAUGGGCUCUAUAUGAAACUGUUUGUGAAUGGUGCUCAGACUGCUGUUAGCAGAGAACAGUCUGGAGAUGUCUUCUGCGCUCUUACCAAGAAGUGUAAGGUGCUGAUGUUGGGCGGAAAUGCCUUGAACAACAACUACCGUGGUUCAGUCGAGCAGGUCACCCUGUGGCGUCAAGCCCUACCCCAGCAUCAGAUCAUAAGGCACAUGCAUGGCUAUGAGGACUUGCAAUACCAAGCUGACUUGGUCAUCCGGGAGAGUUUUGAGCACCCUGAGCGCAAGUGGCUUCCGGUGAAGGAUGGCAGUUUUCCGCAGCCGGACGAUGGCCCUCGGGCUGGUCUUGGCUCUCUGGACACCACACUGGAGCCCCCAGCCUGUGGCCAGACCAUAUGUGAUAAUGUGGAGGUCGUCCACAACUACAACCAGUUCUGGAGCUUCCGUCGGCCUAAGACGGUGCGCUACCGGGUGGUUAACAUUUUUGACGAUGAGCUUCGUCGACCCACUGUCACCGAUCAGCAGAUUCAUCUGCAGCACCAGCACUUGAACGAGGCCUUUGCCAUGUACAACAUCACAUGGGAGCUGACGGUUCACAACGUCAGCAACUCUUCGCUACGCUGCCGGCUGGUGCUAGCCAACUGUGAUAUCAGUAAGGUGGGCGAUGAGGACUGUGACCCUGAAUGUAACCACACCCUGACAGGCUUUGAUGCUGGCUACUGCAGGCCCAGGACCCGCUGUCCGAAUCACAAGCUGAAAAACGGAGUGUGUGAUCCCGAAUGCAACUGGGAUAACUACGAGUACGAUAACGAUGACUGCUGCAACCCCAACGUUACUGAUGUGACCAAGACCUGCAUCAAUCCGGCGUCAAAUUUAAGGGCCUACAUGGACGUGAAGGAGCUGAAAGAGAUCCUUCGCCUGGACGGCUCCACACACCUUAACAUCUUCUUCGCCAACUCGUCUGACGAGGACCUUGCUGGAGUAGCCACCUGGCCAUGGGACAAGGAGGCCCUGACACAUUUAGGGGGCAUAGUCUUAAAUCCAUCUUUCUAUGGGACGUUUGGCCACACGCACACCAUGAUCCACGAAAUCGGACACAGUCUUGGCCUGUACCAUGUCUUCAGGGGCAUCUCGGAGAUCGAGUCCUGCAACGAUGCCUGUUUGGAGACUGAGCCAUCGCUGGAAACAGGGGAUUUGUGUGCUGACACAAACCCCACACCUAAAUACAAGCACUGCGGAGACCCAGAGCCUGGCAAUGAGACGUGCGGCUGCCGCAACUUUGUCCACACACCUUACAAUAACUACAUGAGUUAUGCAGAUGAUGACUGCACGGAUUCAUUCACCCUAAAUCAGGUGGCCCGCAUGCAUUGUUACCUGGACCUGGUCUACCAAACCUGGCAACCCAACUACAAACCAUCUGUUGUGCCCAUGGCUCCCCAUGUGGUGGACCAGGGUCAGGACACCAUCACCAUCGAGUGGUUCCCUCCACUCACGGGACAUGUCUAUGACAGAGAAGUGGGAUCAGUGUGUGAUAAAUGCGCAGAAGGCCGGGUCUUCCUCCAGUAUGCCUCCCACUCCUGGUCCCCGCGGCCCUGCUUGCCUUCCGGCCACUGGAGCCCACGUGAGGCUGAGGGUCCACCUGAUGUGGAGCAGGUGUGUGAGCCGAGUGUUCGUACCUGGAGCCCCCAUAACAGCGUGGAUAUGGGCCUUGUACCCCCACCUUGCCCACUGCAGGGUUGCAUGCUUCAGCUAGAGUUCACCUACCCGGUUGUACCUGAAUCCCUCACCGCCUGGGUCACCUUCUGUUCCCCCGAGGAAACUGCACUGCCUGCCAUCCACAACAUCAUGUUACUGACUGUAAGUGGCCAAAACCUCUCCCUGGGUCCUAGCAAUGUUUUCUGUGACACACCACUGACCCUCAAGCUGGACGUGAAGGAGAAGGUGUACGGAGUGCAGUUCUUCACCAUGGAGCAGCACUUGGAGAUCGAUGCCACCUUGCUUGCAUCAAAGCCAGAUUGCCCGUUGUGCCAGAGCUGCAAGCCACUGCGUUACCGGCUAUUACGUCAACCUCCAUUCACUUACAGUCCAAAGGGCAUUGACCUCAGCGAUGCAACACGCAGAUAUGUGGACAGGGAUGUGCAACAUGGGAUGGUGUACACAUACCAAGUCCAGACCCUGUCCAGAUUGGGAGAGAGUGAACCGUCCCCUCCGCUCACUCACCGUCUUGGAGCGCCAUACUGUGGCGAUGGAAUCAUCCAGAGGUCCGAAGGUGAGCAGUGUGAUGAUAUGAACUCCAUGAAUGGUGAUGGCUGCUCUAGUCGAUGCAAGAAAGAGCCUUUCUUCAACUGCAUAGACGAGCCCAGCAUGUGCUACUAUUAUGACGGCGACGGUGUGUGUGAGGACUUUGAGCGGGAGACCAGUGUGAGGGACUGUGGGCUAUACACUCCAAGUGGGUUCCUGGACCAAUGGGCCACUUCAGUGGAGGCAUCUCAUGAGGAAAGGCUCUACUGCCCUGCUGAAGUGGCAGCAGGAUACCCUGCUGUCACAAAGACGUGUCAGUCCAAGGUGUUCGACCUUUCUGAUGGCGUUUCCCAGUAUGCUUGGUUUCCUUGCCGUGAGGCUCAGCAGGUGACCUGGUACCGCCGAUAUUGGCUGAAGGCCUACUUCUCCCACCCCAUGGUAGCUGCAGCAGUUAUCAUCUAUCUGGCAGCAGAUGGGACAAGCUUUCUUGACCAGACCCAGUGCAACAUCACUGUUCAGUUGGUGGACACAAAGGACAAGAUCCACAACCUAGGUGAUUGGCGCCUGAGCUGCCGCAACAACCCCCUAGUGAUCCCCGUGAACCACGACCUCAGCAUGGCGUUCUACCACACCAGAUCCAUCCUGCUGAUCUUUCGGUCUGAGCUGGUGGCCAUCUCAGGUGUGGCCCUGCGCUCCUUCCAGUUCUUCGACCCCAUCACUAUCAGCGGCUGCCAGAGCAAUGAAAUUUACAACCCUAUGGGUCAAAGUUGUGUUCAUUACUCCUGUGAGGCAAUUGACUGCCCGGAGCCGAAGGUCCGCAAUGCAGAGUUGAGGUGCAGCGGAGGAUUCUUCAACGGCGCUCGCUGCACCGUCACAUGCAACAGCGGCUACGUGCUGCAGGUCCACCGGGACGAUGACCUCAUCAAGAGCCAGUCAGGAUCCACCGUGACCAUGACCUGUACAGACGGCAAGUGGAACAAGCAAGUGUCCUGUGAGCCUGUGGACUGUGGACUGCCUGACAAGUAUCACGUGCACCCUGCUAACUUCCACUUCCCUGAGGGCACCACCUAUGGCAAGAAGUGCACCUUCCAGUGUAGGGAACCUGCCCAGCUUGUUGGCACUAAUAAUACCCUGACAUGUAUGGAGGACGGACUGUGGUCCUUCCCUGAGGCUUUGUGUGAGCUGCGCUGUCCCGCUCCUCCUCCUGUGCCCAACGCCAUGCUGAUGACCAAACGUUGCAAUGAGACUGGCCUCAAAGUGGGCUCCCUCUGCAAGUACAAGUGCAAGCCUGGUUAUCACGUCGCCAACAAACCCAAAAGGCGGUCAUUUAAGCGGCAGUGUACAGAGGACGGUCGGUGGUUGGAGGGUUCCUGUGAGCCGGUGACGUGUCCACCACCGCCACCAGUCUUCCACGGCAUGUACCAGUGCACCGAUGGCUUCCACUUUGACAGCACCUGCUGGCUCCAGUGCAAUGGGGCCAAUCACACGGUGAGGCCGCCGCCUCCCUGUAAGCAGGGCCCGAAUGCCAACGUGAUCCGCUGCAGGAAGGACGGGAACUGGACCGGAGCUUUCCGUAUCUGUCCGCAGCUGAAGGGCCAGUGUGCUCUGCCUCGGAACCUGAACCCCAGCGUCUUCACCAGCUGCAAGAAGGGAUACGGCAUCGGGGCAGAGUGUGAGGUUUCAUGCAGGGACAUCAACAACGAUGUGGUCAUCCUCCCUGACAACAUGACAGCUAGCAGUGUUCUGGAGCACCACUGGAUGAACCCACCCAAAGUCACGCAUAUAGUGUGCACCAUGGGUCUGAAGUGGUACCCCCAUCCUGAGAUCCUCCACUGCAUCCGAGGCUGUGAGCCAUUCCAAGGCGAUAAUUACUGUGAUGCCAUGAACAAUAGAGCCUAUUGCAACUACGAUGGAGGAGACUGCUGCCAUUCCACUGUCAAGACUAAGAAGGUGAUCCUGUUUCCGUCAUCCUGCGACGUGCAUAGUGAGUGUGCCUGCCGGGACCCCAACGCCCCCGAGAACAGAAAAGGGGAGAGCGUGUACUCCCUGGGCUGAGAGCGAGGCCACGGCGAACCCAGCUACAGACUGGGUAGAGAGCAAGACAUUGUUUCAGAUAUGCUGCUUCACAAGCGUACCUCUUCUGUCCCAGCCAUCGCACUCAUCCAACGUCAACGUCUGCCUGCAGUCCUCCGUCACUUUUUUGGAAGGUGUCCCAUCUCCACCUCUAUGGGAAGGAAAAAAAUGUAUAAAAAAAGAAAAAAAUACGUAGGACCAACAAUGUGGGCACGAGCGUCGACCCAUUUGUUGAAGGAAUGAUCUCUCUCAUCACUCAUAGAAAAAAAAGAAGAGAAAAGCAUGCCUUUCUGUGCCAGCUUUCAAUGUUCAUUUUAUUGAAAUGUCUUUUUUAAGACCAAAGUAAAGCGGAAAAAAAAAAAAAACCUGCAGCAAUUCACAAACACAUGCACAUGCACCAAAAAAGAGGGGAAAAAAACAAAGGAAAACAUAUGAGGACAGAACAGUUUGUCCGAAAAGUGAAAGGAAAACUAUGCCAAAAGACAGACGAGGGCUUUAAUUCGUUCGACGUUUAUAAGUUUCUCUGUACAAGCUUGUGGGUUGGUAAGGGGGGGCUGGAUGUCCCAGUGAGAGUAAAGGGCGUGUGCCCUCUGUCUGCUUAUACUGGGAAUGUGUCCCGUGUCUCUGAAAAUGCCAGGAUGCAGGAGAAUGCAGUUGAGCUGUAGUGGUCGCUUAACAUACAGGCAGUUUCGAGAGGUGAUUUCAGAGUUCAUUCAUUUGAUUCUAACAUAAUCUUACGUGUUCAAAAAAGCUCAAAGGGGGCUUUAGUUGCUACCUAAACAGCCAAGCCAUCAACACCUGAACAGGUAAACAUUGGCGUGCUUUGUCAUUUUCCCAGAAACUUAUGGAAUACACCCUUAAUAAUAACAUCCCAAUAAGGGUUUUCUGGAAGGAUAGCAUAGAAGAACCACUUUUUGUUCUCUAAAAAAUGGUCAUUGAAAAUGAAUUCAAAAGUUCUUUAAGGAGCCAGAAGGGGUUCUUUUAUGGCAUUGAGCAAAUAAAACAGCUUUGGUUCCCUAAAGAACAUUACAGUGGAUGUUUCCUGAAGAAACUCUUGAAGCCACUCUGUUGAAAGGUUCUUUAGGGAGCCAGAAAGAAUUUCUGAAACACCUUUGGCUCCACAAUCAACAUUUCAAUGAAUGGUUCAUGAAGAAACAUUCAAAGCCACGCCACUGAAAGCUUCUUUAGGGAACCAAAAGCUGUUCUUCUAUGGAUCCAUAUUUGGUUCCCUAAAGAACAUUUCAGUGAACCCUUCUGGAUCUGGAAAAAAACAAAACAAAAAAAAAACAACCAAAGCCAAUCAACUGAGAGGUAUUUUAGGGGACAAGAAGUGGUAGCUCUAUGGCAUUGCUACAGAGAACCACUUUCACAAGGAACCUUGCAAUGGAUAGUUCUGUCAUGAAUGGUUCUUAAGGCUAGUGGAUCUCAAGCCAGGCUUCAGGGACCCCAAGACUGUCCACUGGACUGGAAACUUGAUCCAAAAUCCUUUAACAUAUAAUAACAACCUUUGGUUUAAUUAACAUAGUGGUUUUAGAACCAGCCCUCAAGGACCUCCAGGUGGUCCACAUUCUUGCUUAUGUGCUGGGAUUUGGGAUUGAGCAAAAGUGAAGACCAUUUGGGGGGCGCUGAGGGAAAAUUUGAGAACCAUAGCUUUAGUCAACCAAAAGUAGUUCUUUUUGGUCAGGGGUUUUCAAAUCAAAACCUUGAAUCUAGUUUCUGGUCCAGCAUUUUCUAAUCACUGGAUUGGCCACCUGGCAUCCUACCUACCAGGGAUUACAAACUCCAGGACUGCAAACUGGAUAUGAGGUCCAGAUUUGAAGACCUCAGUUCUAUGGUGUUGUCCCGAAGAUCCCCUUUGGCACCUUUUGUCCUGUAAAUGUAAAUUGUCUUAUUCAUUCAUUGACAAUUAUGGUAAGAGAGGCCAGUGGAUCUGAUUAACUUUAAAAACAACACAAAGGUUAACGUGCUACCAGUGUUAGCAUGACUGCUGUUAAUGUUGCUGCUACUCUUGCUGCUACUUUGCCAUCUGAAUCUGCAGACAGUAAGCCAGUGAUGUCAGAUGGAGUGCAGUCUGCCUUAACAUUUACCUCCUCAUGCCAUGUCUCAACUUAUGCCUACUUAUGCUAGCUCAUACUACACAGCAUAGGGUCAGAGUUUUCUGACCGUCCUCAAAUUAAGCCAAUAUAGUGAUUCUUCAAGAAUACAUCAAUGACCUCAAGAAUGUAGGUUAUGACACGAAUACUUCUUGAAUGUACAGAGCAGGUUACCAGGCACCGUUCAGCCCCCACUCAUCUGAGAGCUUGUACGAGGCCAAAUUAGUGUCCAGUUCUCUCUCCUUGGAUGGGAAAGUAGUGAAGACUCUUAGUCUACAUUCAAACCGAAGUGGUCAUUUCAGUCUCUGUGUUGGAUCUCUUGAAAUGUUCAAAAAGAACUGUAGAGGUUCAAACGAUAACUUGCUUGAUCCUAAAGUUAUUACACAUACUGUAUCUUUAUUAUUAUGAAGGAGUAACCAUCAAACAAUACUAUAAUUGCCAAGUGAACGAAUGACAUUUUGCCCAGAGUGUAUUACUGAACUUGUGCCAAGUAUAUAAACUAGCUCAAGGGAGAGAUUACGUGUAAUUGCAUUUGGAGUCUUUGCAUCAUGGAAAUGCUAUAGGCAUUAACUGUCAUUGAACUGUUUUACUUUAUGUCCAUCCUUUACAAAUAAAACCUCAAAAUUUAGCAGAUUGUAGAAAGAUAAAGAUUUACCGAUAGGUUAGUUUGACUUACAGUGCAUUCCACCUCCCUUUAUUGUCUUACUGAUAUUGGCACUCUUAGUCAGGGCUGCCCAACGUUGCCCAUACUUUGGCCUGCAAGGGCUUUUGAUUUGACCCACCUUAAAUUCUUUUACAAUUUUGUAUUUGAAGCAUUUUUAAGAACAAAAUAUGCAGUGUAAUCUAAUAAAAUCUAACAAAGUCAAACCAAGCCGCGCUCCUUAAAGCCCUCAGUUUUCUUGUAGUGGUUAUCAAUCCGGUUGCCAGGGCCUCCAAAUGGUCCAUAUUUUUACUCCAACUCAACUCCCAAUACACAGGGAUGAAGGAAAAAAGUGGCCUGUCUAGAAGGCCUUGAGGAGCUGGUCAGGAACCACAAACUUGACCUCUUGGGACAAAGGUUUGGCCACCCCUGCUCUAGACUCAUCAUUAUAUAAGGAGUUCUGUAUAAUAUACGUUCUCUAAAAUUAGCAUUGACAGUUUAACAUAUUUUACUAUAGCUGUUGACCCCUGUCCUCUCGCACUACUCACAGAUUUUUAGUUGUACUUGGUAGCAAGACCCUGACUUAACCAAGUGACCUAACAGAAAUCCAUCAGACAGAGCAGGAAGCUACGCUAACUAGCCUAAUCUGUCCCUCCAGUUUUAAAGAGAUCAUCGUCUGUCAAUUAAGAUCCCUUUACUAAGGCACUGUACUGUUUUUCCAAACCCGAACCACAAUAUACCACCACCAGUGAAGAUUUCCUGAAAAAUGUGGGUGUAGCAAACGUUGAGUAGAGUUGAAGUGAAUGUCACUGUACAUACGUCACGUGUCAGACAGGCUUAUCACGAGAGGUUGAAUUUAUUUUUCGACGUGCUUUUCGUCACAAAUGUGCAUUUUCCUUCCUUUCAAUUUCUAAAAAAAAGACAAAAGAUCAGAAAAAAAAUCUCAUUUUAUGUACCGGUAAUCAGUAUUUGUAUUAAUGACCUCAGUUACUGCACUUUUGAGUAGCCAUUAAAGGAAAAAGUCAAAACCUUUAGAAACGCUGCUAUUGUAAAACAGUCAAACUUUAAAAAAAGUUAAAAAAAAAAAAGAGUUUAAAAAAAAGACAGAAAAAAAAGAUAUGGUGUUGCUAUAUGCCUCUAUUUGUGGUUUUCGUCUUUCUCUGUAGUCCCACUAGCUUGGCACCUGAUGUUACUGCAGAGAGCAGAAUAGAGCAGCUGUCGAAUGUGACACUUACACUCAUCGUAGAUUCUGUCGGAUUCGUGCGCCUUUAAAAGAACGGACAAGACUUUAUCUGCGAAAACUGGCUUUAAUAUAUGUAUUGUUCAAACUAUAAUAAGACUCUUGGAAUAUUGUAUGGUAUAUGUUGUAUAUGUACUUUUUUUUUUUUUUCAACUGUCCGUUGAUUUUCUCUUUCGUUUUCGCUCUGAUGUUUUUGAUAUCCGCCAUCUCGUAUUUGGCACAAAGACUAUGAAGGAUAUUUUGCGAUGAAGGAUCCUUGCCACCAAACAAAAAAGAAAAAAAGGAAAAAAAAAAGGAAAAAACAAGACUUUCAGAAGGUUUAGGAGCUAUUUCACUCGAGAAAGAAGCCAGUUUAAUGUAAAGUGGAAACACGUACUAUACCAAGAGUGGACUUAAAGAAUUCUAUACAGAUUUUGUUUGUUAUAUAGUCCUGAGAGAAGAAAUGUAUUAUGUUGCUAUUAUAAAGAAGAUAUGUUAUUGUACUCCAGAUACCAAUACUCUCAAUGGAACAUUUUAUUGCUUAGAAAGAGAGACUCAUCAGCAAUCAUUACAUGUUGCCAACGAUCACGCCAACUUAAAACAACUUGCCAAUCUAUCAUCUGGACUUCAGAUUGACCGCUGGGACAGCAAACGCACCAUCUUUCCACGUGGAUCCUUCUUAUUUGGUUUUGUUUUGGGUUUUUUUUUUGGUCUUUUUUCUUCAUUGCUGUCUACAGAUGCACAAACCAAAAUGCCUGGAAAAUUCUACACUGAAGCGUUUUGUUGCUUUUCCGGUCUAAUCUUCUGCUUCGACCCCUUACCGAAAAGGGUGCUGUCUCUAAAGCCAUAUGUGUUCGCUAAAUGACGUUUCUGACGGGAUGUUUGACACACUCUGCUGUACACACACACACACACACACACACACGUUUGUCUUGCUAUACAUAUGAGGGCAUCCAUAGGUUUCUAUUGAUUUGUGUGUUAGUGUAGCUAAAUAAUACUACGCCUAAAACUAAACCUAGCCCUAACCGUAACCUCAAUAUCCAAAAGGCAUUUUUUUCUGCUCUUUUUCAAAUAAAAAAAAGGAAUUGUAGUGAAAACAACACAUACAAAAAUGAUAGUCAUGUAGUCAUAUUCCUCACCAGUAUAGCAAUACAAGAACACACAUACACACACACACAGACACCACAGGAUCUCUUGCUGUACCUCAUGCCUGUAAUGUUUGCUGCUUCAAUAUUUUUUGGUAUUUUAGUGAUUUGCGUCUCUUAGCAAUAUGUUAUGGUGUACAUAGUAGAACUAUUUAUUGAGAGUGUUAUACUUUUUUAAGUUAUAUUUUGAAUGUUCAUGUAAGUUAUUUUUACAUUGGUCUUAUAAACAUUAACAAAAAAGGACAUGGUUGGUCGUAAGGGGGCUCUGAUAUUUCAUGUUUUAUCCUUUGUUUUCCAAUCCGCCGUCCCAGCGCAAAGAAAAAACUAGCCUCACCGCGAGAAAACGAAAUCGGGAAACUUCUCUGUUCACGUCAAACUCUAUCAGAAGUUACAUGUGCACAAGUUCCUUGGAUAAAAUCUCCAAAUUCUGACAGUUUUAGAACUUUUUUUUUUCACAAUCAUGUGUGCCUAUACGUACCUAUACAUUUAUGCUAUACUUUUUUGGCUCUAAAACCAUUUUAUUGAUUGCCAUGCAGUGCAGUACGUGUAAAGGGACAACAAGCACAAUUCCCAAUGAAGGCUUAAUGAGAUAUCAGCAUGUGCGAAAUAUUCUAGACGAAAUGGAAAAUGUGUCUGCAGUGGUGCUGCUGCAGCCUAGAGGUUUACUGUUUUAACGCCUUCUGAUGAUGUAGCUUGAAGGAGAAAGGAUGCGGAGGAAAGCCUGAAGGCUGAAUAUCCCGCCUGUAUUUAUUACCCUCCACAGUGCAUCUCUUUAUUGACAUGGUGGAAUAUAAGAGAAGAGCGUGGGGUGGAUGAAAACACAAAAAGGAUACCAAAUCGAGUUCAACAGUAACACAGAACUUGACAAGUGACACAUUAAAUGCCCACCACUGGAAAACUUCACUUGGCUGUAUAUAACUGAGUAUAUACAACAGUUAGGCCGGAAUUCCCUGUUCAGUUUUCCGUAAACUGGGCAAAUCUUUGUUUUUGAAUCAAACAUGCGACCUGCAUUUACUGAGUUACGUCCAAAAAAAAAAAACCUGAGAAGUGAAAUGCUACAUUUUAAACAUAUAGGAGGAUGAGUUCACAUCAAGUUUAGGUAAAAACUGGAAUGUAAGUAUUUUAUUUUAAGCCCAUCAGAACAUUAUGAUUCGCUUUGAUUUGAUUAUUCUUUGAGUUAUUUCUAAAACUACGCUGACUGGAGGAACGAGCAUGAUUUAGCAAGUGUUAUUCUGGCCAAAAAUGAACAUACAUCGUUGGAUAUUAUAGAAUUGAUUCCAAAAUUGAUGCAGUUGAAUCCGUGCCUCUAAAAAGGUCCAGCUCGAUGUGAAACUCAGUGAUCUGACUGUACAGCUCUUGACAGCGAACAGCUGUGGACAGGAGGGAGCCAGCGUUCAGUAGCAGCAGGUGUUGAGAGGCCUGAGAGGUGAACAGGUGGAUGAAUGGAUGAAUGGAUGAAUGAGGGGGGUGCGCUGGCCCCCCGGGCCCUCCGCGGUGUUUGUCCAGGUGUGAAAAUGUGUACACACCCGCACAGUGCACCUCGUGUGGCUGUUUGGCAGCCGGUCGGCCUGCAUGAGUCACUCUUUCUCUCCCAAAGUCCACUUCUUGAUGGGAGUCCUAGAGCUUCAAAAGUUAGCCCCAGUGAUUAACCCCACCCCCCAAUCCCACCCACAGAACUGUAUCUAAACUAAACAUAAAACAGAGGAAAAAUGUGGACGUGCAUUACGACUCAAAUUUCCUCAUGAUUAUGCAUGACUACACAGCUUGCUAGGCAAAACUUGCGUCUCGGAAAAGGGAACUUUGGGAGAAGGAUAAUAAAAUUGGACCAUAUCACAUGAAAGGGACACAGCGUAAAGGGCAGCUGGCGUUUUUCAAUGGGAUACGAAUAAUAAAAUCAGCAAAAAGUUACAUUACUUCAGUGCAACGCCUUUGAGGCCCUGCUAGCGUCCUUUUCACUCCUGGCGAAAUGCUUUGGUGAGUUGUCUUUUGGUCCCGGGACGUCCCGUUUGCAGUUUUCCUUUAAAACGUUCUCACCCACGGUUCGACAUCAAAACCUGCUCCUCACAUUUACUGCACUGAAUGGCAACAUGAAACGUAGCCCAACAAUUUAUCGCAACAUUCUUCAAUCCCAGUUUAGCACUAGCUCCUUCACAAAUCCGCAAAACCGGAAUUCAUCUAUGGUCAUUCCUCUCUUUCAUGUAGCAUAUCCGUCCGCUAACACUGAAUCUGUACCCAUAAUCCAUUCGGUGCCUCUGGAGAUUUCCACUCUGGACAUGCCCUCAAUUAAAAGCACUUUUUUGGGCACAUACCACACUUCCUUUUAUUAUUUUAUUACUCUGUGCUUUUUAUGUUAUUUUCAUGGUCACACUUAUACUUUUGGUGCUCUGGAUCAUUGCGAACAUACCUGAUGUAUCAUGUUUUGGUAGAUGAAUUAAAAAUGCUGAAUGAAAUGAGUAAAUGGUUUAUUUCUCUGUCAUGUAUUGUGCAUAAAUAAAACACUGGUUAACUAUAAAGCCUG